AUGGCAGAAAUCAAGGACUUUUCCAGUUUAUUCAGAUUAGAUGGGAAGAUUGCAGUUGUCACUGGCGCAUCCCGAGGAAUCGGACUCUACGCAUCAGCCGCGCUUCUCCAAGCAGGAUGCUCUCUGGUGAUCAUCACAGCACGCGAUGCAACGAAUCUCAUGCUGGCCGCCGACAAACUCAACGCCAUCCCAGGAACCAGCGGCCGUGCCGUCGCCAUUCCAGCAAACGUGGGCCACACCGACCAGAUCCAGAAGUUCGUGACGGACGUCGGGAAUGAAGUGCGCGGAUUGAACCGUGAGGCUCCCAUCGGCGUCGACAUCCUUAUCGCCAAUGCUGCGAGCAGUUGGGGUGGUCCCUUUGAGGAGUUCGAGGAUUGGAAGAGUCAAAAGACUCUCGACCUCAAUGUCAGGGGAGUUUUUAAUUUGGUUCGAUUCAUGGUCCCUCUUCUAAGCGCCGCAGCGACAGCAGCCUCCCCAUCUCGCGUGCUUAUCACCUCCUCCGUGGGCGGCAUUAUGGUCCCGCACGUCGGAGCACGCGGAGCGAUCAUGUACUCGGUCUCAAAAGCGGCAGCGCACCAUCUAGGACGCAAUCUUGCGCUCGAGCUGGCGCCGAAGAACAUCACCACGAACAUUGUCGCGCCAGGCUUCUUCCCCUCGCGCCUCGCAAACCCGCAGAUCGACUAUCUCGGUGGCGAAGAUGUCGUCGGCAAGCAGAACCCAAUGGGCAGGCUGGGCAGGCCGGAGGACAUCGCCGGCCUUGUUGUCUAUCUUUGCAGUGCGGCCGGGAGCUAUGUCAAUGGGCAGGAUGUUAGUUUAGAUGGUGGUGCGAGGCUGAGAGUCGGCUUGCACCCUGACGUUGGGAGUGCAAGUGGCGCUGCGAAGGAGUCGAAGCUCUGA